UCAACAUCUCACACACGCCCACCAUGUCCCAGAACCAAGAUAUCCAGCGCCAGGACGCCACCCUCGACGUCGCGCCCACCCCCCAGAACACCCCCCUCGAGACAGGCGUCCUCCAGAAUCGCCCCGCCAACCUCGGACAACCGUCUGUCGAGACCCUGGCAGAGGGUGAGGAGAGCGAGAGCGACGAGGAGGAGGGUGGCGCCAACCCCGCCAGCUUGUUGGCUUCUAACCCCGCGCUCCUCGCGUUCGCCCAGUCCAAGCUCGACGGUCUCGUCGGCAAGUCUUCCGGCUACAUCGAGUCUCUUCCCGCCCCCGUCCGCCGAAGAAUCGAUGGCUUGAAGGGUGUCCAGGUCGAGUACUCCAAGAUCGAGAGCGAGUUCCAGUUGGCUAUCCUCGACCUUGAGAAAAAGUUCGCCGUCAAGUACCAGCCCCUCUACGAGCGACGAGAGGCCAUCAUCACCGGCAAGGCCGAGCCCACGGACCUCGAGGUCGAGGAGGGUAUCGCCGCCGACGAGGACUCUGACGAUGAGGCUGAGGAGGAGGACGCCGAGAACAAGGAAGAGCCCGCUGGUGGAGAAGACAUCAAGGGUAUCCCCGAGUUCUGGUUGACCGCAUUGAAGAACCACGUUCCUACCGCUGAGAGCAUCUCUGACGAGGACGAGGAGGCUCUCAAGCACCUCGUCGAUGUGCGACUUUCGUACCUCGAGAACCAGCCCGGGUUCAAGCUCCACUUUGUCUUUACCGACAACGAGUUCUUCUCCGACUCUGAGUUGACCAAGACCUACUACUACCAAGAACAAGUUGGUUACGGUGGUGACUUUGUCUACGACAAGGCUGUCGGUACCGAGAUCCAGUGGAAAGAGGAGAAGGACCUCACCAAGAAGAUUGAGAUCAAGAAGCAGAGGAACAAGACCACCGGCCGAACACGUACCGUCCGAAAGGUCGUCCCCACGGACUCCUUCUUCAACUUCUUCAAGCCCCCUCAGCCCCCUUCCCCCGAGGACCUUGAAGCCGACGACGUCGACGAGGCCGAGCUUCAAGACCUCGACGCCCGUCUCGAGAUGGACUACCAGAUCGGCGAGGACUUCAAGGAGAAGAUCAUCCCCCGAGCCGUCGACUUUUUCACCGGCAAGGCUUUGGAAUACGAGGACUAUGGAGAUGAGGACGACUUUGAGGACGAGGAUGACUACGAUGAUGACGAGGUGAGUCUUUGUCCAGUCCCACUCUUUUCUCCCUCGGGAAGAGUCGUAAAGGGGAACAAACGCUCAUGUAUGGCUAGUAAACAGGACGAUGAAGGAAAUGCCGCUGCUGUUCAGGCCGCCGCCGCUGCUCAACCCGAGUGCAAGCAGCAGUAGUCGGAGAAUGGAAUCGUCACAUUGUCCUCUUCUUCCGAAAUUCAUUUAAUCUUCUUUACCAUACUUAUGAAACCCACGCAAUCAAAUUAAAACCUUUUCACAAUAACAAAUUUGGUCUUCGCAUUCAGCUCCUUUCUUUGUAUACUCCUGUCAUGUGAAUUAGAAAAAUUGCAAUAUAGCACCUGGUCCCCAGUGCUUUCUUGUUGAUUGGCAGCCGCACGGACGCUAGUCGGACUGGCAACGCAAAGUAGACAGCCAGAUGCGAGAUCGACAUAUAAUUCUGCAUACAA